AUGUCGUCUAUCUUCGCUACCAACGCCCAAGUACCCUUGCACGCGGAAUUAUCUAGCGGGCCUGUAAUUUCCACCGAAUCUCGUACCGACGCGGUCCAGCUUUACGAAGAUUCAUCUAACACCGAUGAGGAGAACGGGGGGCACGUCCUAAUCGCGCAUGGAGACCUUCCUCACGGCAAGCUACCCGGCCUACCCACUGCGCUGACCCCCAAAGGAGAACGAUUCAACGACCUAUACGGUCGUCCCCUGGCACCUGUAUGGAGGAAGCGGUCCAGAGUUCCUGGAGCACAAUAUAAGUUUGCAUCGAAAGAAAAGAAAUCCCACGACGGCGACGAUAUCAGUGCCACGGCGAAGAAGCUCAAGAGCAAGCUCUCUAGCAGAGGCUCCCCUCAAACGAAGGCGUACAUCAAUCAAUGGUUGGAUGGGAUGAUGGAUGUUUAUCAAGGUCCCGGGGAAGAAAUUGAAACUAUUCGAGAGGCACAUCGACAAGCGUCUCUGGGCAAGGCCAACACCGACCAAAUUGUGAAGGCUUUGAUUGCUUCAGGACAGCCAAGGGAGGGAUCCACAAACGAUGUUGCCAACGCUGCGCCCUCGAAGUCGACUAUUCGUAAGACUAAAGGCAAGGCAGGAUCCUUCAUGGCCGCAGGAAAAGUACCCAUGUCCGCGUCGGACUACGCGGUAGUUAAAGGGCCUUUCCGUGACGCCCCAAAGCUUCCUCGCCACCUCCCGAUUCCAACGCAGUGGGAUUAG